CGUCACUAACCAGGAAGUAACUGUCAAAAAUCCAAACACUAGCCUCACGUAUGAAGCAGAUAAAACAGAUUCAGUUUUGUUGCUUUCACAGUAUAUUACCUUAAACGUUUUGUAAUGGCUAGGAAGACUAAGAAAGAGGAAUACUAUCGUUUCUUCAGCGUCACAGAGCCACGCACACACGAGAAAGGACACACGGAGUAUAAAGUAACAGCAAGGUUUGUAUCAAAGAAGAGACCAGAGGAUGUGAAAGAAGUAGUGGUAUGGAGAAGGUACACCGAGUUGAAGAAGCUGCAUGGAGAGCUGGCUUACACUCACAGGAACCUGUUUCGAAGACAGGAAGAGUUUCCCUCCUUUCCCAGAGCACAGGUCUUUGGUCGGUUUGAUGAGGCGGUGAUUGAGGAGAGGAGGAAGGCAGCAGAAGCCAUGCUGCUCUUUACGACAAACAUUCCUGCAUUGUACAACAGUCCUCAGCUCAAAGAAUUCUUCAGGGGAGGAGAGGUGAGAAGACCAUUAGACCCAAGCAUCUCUUCUUCUACAUCUCUACCUCCCCCUCUCAUCCCUUUACCAAAAGGGGCCACUGGCCAGGGAGCUGAAGAGGAGACCGGGAGGGAGGCUCCGAUUCUGACCCAGGAACUGGAGUCUACGUUGGGUGAAAAGGAGCUUGGUGAGCCCGAGAUGGCAGUGGAAGCUCUCAGUAACAUGGAGAUAAGCCCAAUACAAGAGAGACAUGAAGAGAAAGAGGAAGCAGAAGUGAAUUUCAGCACAGACCAACCGAUCAUAGUUCCCAACCCCGAGCCUCCUGCUUCUCCAUUACAUCAAUCAGAGGAGUUUGAUUCACUUUUCGACUGUGUAUCGGAGGAACCUGUGGAUGGCGCACAACCCCUUCUCUCUGACAACGACUUAGCCAUCUUUGACCCAUGUGCUAAAGAAGAUCAGGGCUGUGGAUCUCCUGAUCACUCUGAGCUCCUGUCCCUCAAACUGACCACUCAGGAUAAUGCAGUGUGUGGUGAGGAGGCAGACUAUGUGGUCCAGGCAACCAGUGAGAUGACUGCAGCCCAGGAGAGUGAGAAAGAGGGAGACCACAGCACAGCAAUAAAGCGAUACAGAACAGCAGUUGAAAUCCUAAUGAAAGGAGUGCAAGGAGAUGUGGAUCCUCAGCAAAGGGAUGCAGUGAAGAGGAGAGUAGCUGAGUGCCUCGAGCAUGCAGAGCGACUGCUCUCUUCUCACACUCCUACUCAACAACACAACACGUAGCGUGCACACACACACACACACACACACACACACACACACAGAAUUACAUACCUCUGCCACACUCUCAUGCUUCAGUAUAACUCAAGUGAUACUAUUCAACAACCUACAAUACGCAUUAAGAGACUUGCAUCACUUUCACAUUUUUAUUCCCACAUCUACUUACUAGCUUUACCUUACCUACAGUCCCAACAGGUCUAUGCAUAUGACAUGAGCACAAGUUCUCCACACUGUUCACACUAUGGUAUUAAAAACAACUCAGAUAGUAGACUUCCAUUUCCUUUUCAUGACAUUUCAUAGAAUAAUGCAUAUUUAUAACCCACAGCUGUAUUUUACUGUAUUUAUAUUUAAAUUAAUUAUUGUUAAUACUUGUUAUGUCUUUGUUGGAUUAUCUGUUCUUUUGGUAAAGAGGAAAAGUUGGUACAAGUGA